AUGAAUGGGGAUGAUCAUUACACAACACAUAAGUUUCAAGGUCUUUAUUUAAUUCAGACCGAACGGUAUUUACAAACACAAUUGAAUGAAAUACACUCCAAACAAAAACUCAAAGGUUCAAUGCAAGAUGCAAUUGACGAUGAUGAAUAUGAUGAUGAAGCUAUUGAUGAUGAAAACAAUAACGAAGAACAUUUUCAAAUCCAAUCAACUGAAAACGAUAAAAAAUAUGUACUCGUUAAUACAAGAAUUGAUUAUCAAUAUCGCUCCGAUAUUCUCAAUGAUAUGUGUUUAUACGACUUUGUCAGCACACUGUAUAAGAAAAAAAUGAACAGAACAAAUUUGAAAUAUUUAUCUGAAGCUGUGACAUCGGUGACAGACAAAAUUAACGAAAAAGGUCGACCACAUAAUCAACGUUAUCCUUUCCAGAAGCAGCAUCCACAAACAGCAACACAUCUCUUGAUAGAAUACAGUGAGCGUCAUAUACCUAUUCUCUAUGGUCCACAAAUUCCUCGACGAGAGCGUGAUGAUACUCGAGAACGAUACAAUCGAGCUCUUCUCACUCUUUUUGUACCUUGGCGCACCGUUACGGAUCUUUAUGGCGCCAAUCAAACAUGGGAAGAUGCUUUUGAAUCUCGAAAAAAUCGUAUUUCUAUUCAUUCAUGGGAAAUCAUAGAAAAUAUUCAACUGUUACAUGAAUGUAAAAAGGAUCGCGAUGAACAUUUACUUCAAGUUAUUACUGAAGCUCAAACGGAUAAUGAUACAAUCAAUCCCGUUCUUUUGCCUACAAAUCAACACAUUGAUGGCGAAUAUGAUAUGGACGAUAGUGAAGACUUAUUAGAAUUAAUAGGCAAUAUAGAUGAAUACACAACUGCAGUGAUUAAUGCCACAAAAAGAUCAACAGAAGAUAAAUAUAUUGAAGAAACUAUUGAAGCAGUCGAAAAUGUUGGACGAUUUAGCCAUAUAAAUACCCAUCGCCAAUCUUCUUUAAAUGAAUUUGUCGAUUCUACGAAUCAACAACUUAUACCGUUCGUUUCUGCAAUACCAAAUCUUGUUCGACUAAACACAAAAUGGCAAGAACAGCUGAAAACUGAGAGAGAACGAGUUAGACAAAGUUUAAUUACAGGCAACUAUGACAAAGCAGAUGAUACAAUAGAUUUACAUACUGAAAAAAGAUGCUAUUGUUACAGUGGUGAAUCCAAAUAA